GGUAUUUCAAAGUUUAGAAGCUUUUACUUCACUUUGGUCAAUAGAUAUGAUUCUGCUCAACUGUGGUUGCAAUCAUCUGCAACGUGAUGGUGAAUAAAAUGCAUCUUGCAUCUAAGCAGAUGGCUACGUACUGGAAAUGAGCAUGUGUGCAACUUUCUAAACGGUUAUAAAAUCUUUGAAAAAGUAUGAAUUAAAAGUAAACAAAAAGAAGAACCUUCGUGGCUUCCUGGAAAACUCAAACCACACAACUAGCACUUUUUUUUUUCUUCUGCGUUGGUGUUUCCCUUUUAAGACGGAGGACGGCCUUUCUGGGGCUCAUUCUCUCGUCUGCAGGCAUCAAAGCAACGCCAAACGCCGACAUGCUGUGCAACUUUAGUGGACCCGUGCUGAUCAGAGUGCUCCCUCCGCUGCUGGUCACAGAGUUCUUUCUUGGUCUCGCUGGAAACGGCUUGGCUCUCUUCAUCUUCUGCUUCCACCUGAGGCCCUGGAAAAGCAGCACGGUGCUGCUCUUCAACCUGGCAGUGACUGACUUCAUGCUCAUCAUGGCUCUGCCCCUCAGGGCCAGCUACUACCUGUCGGGGAUCAGCUGGAUGUUCGGCGAGAUGAUCUGCAAAGUCUGCCUCUUUAUGCUGGCCAUGAACCGCAGCGGGAGCACCUUCUUCCUGAUGGCCAUCGCUGUGGACAGGUACAUGCGCGUGGUGCAUCCCCACCACCCCAUCAACUCGUUGAGCGUGGGCAAGGCCAUGUUGGGCGCUCUGGCGCUGUGGCUGGUCCCCAUUGCAAUGACCGCCCACGUCUUCUCUCUGCAACACGUCAACACGACCUACUGCGAAAGCUUCAUGGUGGACACGACCUCCAGAGGAAACCUGUCCUGGCACAAGUUCACAUUUCUCGUCUCUUUCUACAUGCCUCUGCUGGUGAUCCUCUACUGCACCUUCCACAUCAUCAGCCACCUGAGGAGGAGACAGCUGACUAACCAGACCAAGUUCAAGAAGGCUCUGUACUUCAUCGUGGUGGUGGCGGUCCUCUUCAUCGUCUGCUUCCUCCCCAGCAACAUCACGCUGCUGACCAUGUGGAUCAAGAUGGUGCCAGGGUUCGUCUGCGACGACAUGGAGCAGCUCACCAUCGUGUUCUACAUCACCGUCAGUUUGACUUAUCUCAACAGCACGCUGGACCCCGUGGUCUACUACUUCUCCAGCCCGGCCUUCAAGAAGAUCUGCAGGAGAACGCUGCACCUGCCCCAGACAGAGACUUGCGAGAGCACGGAAAAGAGAACGCGCGAGACGGGGUCCCAGUCGCACAGCCAGCUGUGAUCUGCAGACUCAAGAGUUAACAUCUGGUCAAAGAGCAUCAAGAUUGAGCAAGAUGAUGCCGUUUUUACUUCCCUUGUAGCUGUGGAAAAUGUGUUAUCUGUACUUUUCUUGCACAAGMCUGCCUCAGUAUGACCAUGAAUGCAUUUUUUAUACAAUUUCUUUUGUUGUGCAUUUUAUGUGAAAGUUUUGCACUUUUUGUUCACCUUGUUUUAAUGAUUUUUUUUUUCCCUCUCAUGACUUUAUAUGGAAACAAAUG